UUGUUAAAAUUAAAAUCAUCAAAGUCGUCAAGCUUGGGGAGCUUGGGAGUUUUGGGUUAAUAAUAUUGCUAUCACUAGCUGCAAUAUCGCGCGUGGCAACGCAUGGAAACCAAGAAUACACUUAUAUAAAGGAACGUUUUGUACUUACUUUUUCUGGCAGGAACACGAGUCUGAACUCAUGUCUCACCUGUAGCUCAGGGGGAUCUUGUAACACAAUCACCUAAAAUAUCAAUGAAAAAAUUAAAAUCAAAUUAAAUUUAAAUCAAGCGUGUACUUACCAGUUGGUCAGUUACGUGGCGGCGCGUGUCAAAGACAUUUUUGCGGUCGAAGGCAGACUUGCCUUCGGCUGCACGGUAUGAUUACAAUUCUUUUAAUCUUUCGACGAGUGUUUCACCAGCGGUAUAUUACGUUACUUCGUAGUCUAUCCAUAAUUCUUUUUUUACGUCUGGCUGGACGGCUGGACGUCUGGAUGUAUAGCCAAAUUUUCAGAUCCAACAACAGGAUCUCUUAUGGAUAAAUCACUGAAAAUGAAUUUCUCUUUCUUUGUUCCUUUUCUGUCUUUCUUUGACAGGGGAGGAGCUGGGACGAAAUUAAAUUAAAUUAAAUUAAAUUAAAUUAAAUUAAAAAAUUAAAUUAAUACACAAAUGCAUUUAUUAAUGCAUCGACGGGAGUAACUCCCAAGGCCCGGGUACCUUACUCGGUACCGUAGAUGGGACGCUCGCGACCCAUCCAAGAAGAUCCUUGGUGGAUAUUGGGAAUCGCAUAUGGAUGAAGUCACUUGUCUGACCUUUCAUCCCACCAAGCGGAAUGUUUUGGCAUCGGGUAGCACUGACGGUCUGAUGAAUAUAUUCGACCUGACGCAAUCCUCGGAAGAUUUGGCCUUGACAUCCUCGUUAAAUACCGAGUCGUCAGUGGACAGGCUAGGUUGGUUAACCGAUGAUUCUCUAUGGUGUACGACACAUACGCAUUUGCAAUUAUGGGAAUGCGAAGGUGCUUGUGCGUAUGAAACAUUCGCGCGCAGUCAUUUAGCAGUAUCGCGGAAGGAUGAUCCUGAUAAUUGUUACUUAGUGAAAUUCCACACGACAAAUGUGUUUGGACAACCAUUUCUGCUGGCGGGUUCUAGUACAGUUACAAGGGAAAAUCUAAGAUGUUUGAGUAUUAGGGAGAAUUGUUUGGAAACGUGUUACGAAAUUAUAGGAAACAAACAAAUAGUACGGGACAGCUGGAUCCAUGAAAAGAGUGGUAGCUUGGUGACAGUCGGCGAGAAAGGCAUUAUCAACGUGUGGCGACAAGCGGAAUCGCCGACACAGCGAGAUUCGGAUCAUAAGUUGUUAACUAAAAUUGGAAACGGCCGUGACCGGCAUCACAGGAUUAAACCCUAUUAAAAUAAGUAUUUAAGGCAAAUAAUGUAAAUUUGUUAAUGCGGAAAAGUGUUUUUCAAAAAUGUAAUCGUGUCACAACGGAAUUGGAAUAGCAAACGUCGAUCGAAACGUCAUGAUUUUUUUUUUUAUUUCCCACAAAUUAUUGCACAGCACAAAAUAGUUAUAGUCCGGUCAAAUUAGCCCAAAAAAUAGGGGUAAGGUUACAAUAAUUCCGACAGAGCUGAAAAUUCGUACGAAUGUUCGGAACACCAUUCUAAAUGAACUGUGAAAAGUCCCCAUACAUCCCGUGCCUGGAAAAAAUUUUAUUCAAGGUCAAAGGUGGCAAAAAUGGGUUUUUUGUGUUUUUCAGCCGAAUGGUAAAUUUUAUCAUAAAAAUAGCUUAGACAAUAAUUGUAGAUCGUGCAAUUAUCUAUAAUAAUUGUCUCUAUACUUUUUUCUGUAAGAGUCACCGUUUACGAGAUAUAAUUAUUCAAAAAGUUGAAAAAACGGUGUUCUUCAUAAUAUGCAUAAGUACGCCGCGUACAUACAUCACUGGAGGAACACCGUUUUUUCAACUUUUUGAAUGAUUGUAUCUCGGAAACGGUGACUCUUACAGAAAAAAGUAUAGAGACAAUUAUUAUAGAUAAUUGCACGAUCUCCAAUUAUUGUCUAAGCUAUUUUUAUGAUAAAACUUACCAUUCGGCUGAAAAACACAAAAAACCCAUUUUUGCCACCUUUGACCUUGAAUAAAAUUUUUUCCAGGCACGGGAUGUAUGGGGACUUUUCACAGUUCAUUUAUAAUGGUGUUCCAAACAUUCGUACGAAUUUUCAGCUCUAUCGGAAUUAUUGUAACCUUGAAUGUCUAAUU